GAUAGAGAGGCUGGCAUGCCGCUAGGAACCUAUAUGCUUGGAGACUGAUUCAGAUUCUGAUCACCAGGCUCCAGUCACACAGCAGCACGUACAGGAGCUGCUACUAUACGCAGCAGAAGCAGCAGCAGCAGAUCGCAAUCAAAGCCAUGCUAACCCAUCUCCCCGAGCCCGGGAGGAGGUCAGCCUGUGCACUACUACUACCACAGCCCUGAGACCUGGCCAGCACCACGGCUCCUCUGCAAUCCCUCUGCAAGCACUAAAGCACAGGUCACGCCAGAACUUUCACAGGAUUUGCAUCUGUGGACGUGUUUUGGUUUUUUUUUUCCACGGGAUUUUUUUGUCUUCUCCAGUGUGUGUAGAUGUUGCCUGCAGCGCGCAUGCGCUCCUCUAUUAGGAAUUAUCGCCUGGCUCCAGACUUUAGUUGCAUUCGUGGUAUCUUCUGUCAGGCAACAUUUUAAUUUUUUUGAUUUUUUUUUUUUAAUCCUUUUUUUUUUAUAUAUAUAUAAAUUUAGUAAUGAGGAGGCUGCAAAACAGAGGAUAUUUCGGGAUUGCAUCGUUUCCUGUGAUGAUAGCCAUGGUGUGCUGUGCUCAAAGCGUUAAUGAGCCCAGCAACAUGUCAUAUGUGAAAGAAACAGUGGAUAGAUUGCUCAAAGGAUAUGACAUCCGUUUGAGGCCAGACUUUGGAGGCCCUCCCGUUGAUGUCGGGAUGAGAAUAACAGUAGCCAGCAUAGAUAUGGUCUCUGAAGUCAACAUGGACUAUACCCUCACGAUGUACUUUCAGCAAUCAUGGAGGGACAAAAGACUUUCUUAUUCAGGAAUCCCUCUAAAUCUUACAUUGGACAACAGGGUCGCUGAUCAGCUCUGGGUGCCUGAUACAUACUUUCUUAAUGAUAAAAGAUCAUUUGUUCACGGGGUUACUGUAAAGAACAGAAUGAUACGACUACAUCCGGAUGGAACUGUACUUUAUGGACUCAGGAUUACAACCACAGCUGCUUGUAUGAUGGAUCUACGUCGCUAUCCCUUAGAUGAGCAAAACUGCACACUUACACUUGAGAUUGAAAGUUAUGGCUAUACAACAGAUGACAUAGAAUUCUACUGGAAUGGAGGAGACAAAGCAAUCACAGGAGUUGAGAAGAUUGAGCUGCCUCAGUUUUCAAUUGUUGAUUACAAAAUGGUUUCAAAAAAAGUUGUGUUUUCCACUGGUUCUUAUCCUCGACUGUCAUUGAGUUUUCGACUUAAAAGAAAUAUUGGCUACUUCAUCUUACAAACAUACAUGCCUUCUACACUCAUCACUAUUCUGUCCUGGGUAUCUUUCUGGAUCAACUAUGACGCAUCUGCUGCAAGAGUUGCACUAGGAAUAACUACUGUGCUGACAAUGACUACUAUCAGUACUCAUCUCAGAGAGACCCUACCAAAGAUCCCUUAUGUGAAGGCUAUAGACAUCUAUUUAAUGGGAUGUUUUGUGUUUGUGUUCUUGGCGUUGCUGGAAUAUGCUUUUGUGAACUACAUCUUCUUUGGAAAAGGUCCUCAGCUUCAGAAGAAGGCAGCAGAAAAGGCAGAGAAAGCAAGUAACGAGAAAAACAAACUGGAAAUGAACAAAGUCCAGGUUGACGCACAUGGGAACAUAUUGCUGACAACACUAGAGAUCCGAAAUGAAGUCAGUGGAACGGAAGUCUUAACCAGUACCAUCGAUCCACGAGCCACCAUGUUCUCAUACGACAGUGCGAGUAUCCAGUAUCGGAAGCCAAUCUCCAAUAGAGAUAUGUACAGCAGAAGCACCUUGGAUAGGCACAUUGUUCACAAAAAAGGGCGCUUAAGGAGAAGUGCCUCUCAGAUGAAAAUUAAAAUUCCUGAUUUGACUGAUGUGAAUGGCAUAGACAGGUGGUCAAGGAUGAUAUUCCCUGUUGCAUUUUCUUUCUUUAAUGUUGUGUAUUGGCUUUAUUAUGUACACUAACUUAUGCAGUUAGGUCACCUUUUUGAAGAUGCUAGUUCUAUUCUUCUGAUCCUGAAGGAACUGCAUUAGCAAUAGUGCUGCAAAUUCAAGGUAAGAUAUUCAGCCAUUAAAAUGAUUUUAGUGUUUGAACACUGCAUUUAAUUUUCAAAUAGUAGGUUCUUUAGAAAGAAAGAACUUAGC